AUGGCGAGCCUCACCCUGCCGCCGGCGCCCCCCAACCCACGGCAGGACGCCAUCGACCUCCACAAGGCCUUCAAAGGGUUUGGCUGUGACAGUACAGUGGUGAUAAACAUACUUACUCAUCGCGAUUCAGUGCAACGUGGACUCAUUCAACAGGAAUACAGGGCUAUGUAUCAUGAGGAACUCUUUCAUCGUAUUUCAUCUGAACUCAGUGGAAACCACAAGAAAGCUAUGUCGCUGUGGAUUCUUGAUCCUGCUGGACGUGAUGCAACUGUUUUGAGAGAAGCUCUAAGCGGUGAAACUAUGGAUCUGAGAGCAGCCACUGAGAUUAUAUGUUCCAGGACACCAUCACAGUUGCAAAUAAUGAAACAGACUUAUUAUGCUAGAUUCGGUACAUAUCUUGAGCAUGACAUUGGUCACCACACAUCUGGCGAUCACCAGAAGCUUUUACUUGCCUAUGUGGGGAUUCCACGCUAUGAAGGUCCUGAGGUUGAUCCUACCAUUGUGACACAUGAUGCAAAGGAUUUGUACAAAGCUGGUGAGAAAAGGCUGGGUACGGAUGAGAAGACCUUUAUCCGUGUUUUCACUGAACGCAGUUGGGCACACUUGGCAUCUGUUUCUUCUGCUUACCAUCAUAUGUAUGACCGGAAAUUAGAGAAGGUUAUCAAGAGCGAAACAUCUGGAAACUUUGAAUUUGCACUUUUGACUAUCCUCAGAUGUGCGGAAAACCCAGCAAAGUAUUUUGCUAAGCUCUUACGAAAGGCCAUGAAAGGUCUAGGCACCGAUGACAAGACACUUAUAAGGGUCGUGGUGACGAGGACUGAGAUUGACAUGCAAUAUAUCAAGGCAGAGUACUUCAAGAAGUAUAAGAAGCCAUUAGCUGAGGCUAUCAACUCCGAGACAUCAGGAAACUAUCGGACGUUCCUUCUUUCACUUGUUGGUCAUGGCCAUUAG